ACCACCCCCAUCCAGUAGUACCACCACCAUUACACUGUUCCCCCCCCCCACCUAAUCAACCGUACCUUGACUCAGGCCGUUACCUUAACAUUGUCAAGACAUGGAACAACGGCGAAAGACCUGUGCAGAACUUUUCGAGGAAUGUGAUUUGUCACAUCUGAUAACAGAGAAAUCCAAGACCAAGAAGGUACUGGACAGUGUCCGAAAUAGUGUCCAGUAUAUUCUCAAAUGCUUGUUUCAUUUCAUCACCUGCGGCUGUUGCUAUGCUGACAACAAGCAGUUUGGUUUCAUAGGAAAUCUUUAUGACCACGAGCCGUCAGAGAUGGAGAAGCAGGCCCUUGUGAAUCUGUUGCGCUAUUUGGAGACAGAGGAAACUUUGACCAUCGAGUUCCCACAUUUGAUCUCAUUACGUAUUCUCAUCUACUCGGAUAAUAUUGAACUACAAUUAUCAGCGGCCCUUUUUUAUUUGGAGAUUAGCGAAAGAAUUGAUGACUGCCCAACAAGUGUCACCCUGUCACCUCUCAUAGACUUAUUGCGGACGAAAGAUGACCGACUCAACAGAAUCACAACACAGGCUCUAAGUAACUUCUUGAUGAGAAUGCCAGCUUGCAAGGCUGAAGUGUACCCCUGCCAACCAAUACCAGCUUUGAUUCCUUUAUUGGAAUCAAAGAACCAUGACACUCUCUGUAACACAAUUGCAAUUCUAACCAUCUUGACUAUUACUAACAACUGUAGACUGGAGAUUCUUGCUGAAGAUGGUGUGAAGCCCCUACUUAAGACGCUGCAUCAUAAAGACCUGCGAGUGAUCCGAAAUGCAGUUGGCCUCAUCUACAACCUAACACAGCUGGCUGCCAGCCGAGACGAGAUUGUUCGGGAGGGUGGGGUAGCCCUGUUGAUUUCCGUUCUCCAAGACUGCGGGGACAACGAUGUCCGCUACUAUUGCUUCGGUGCCAUGGGUAACAUUGCAGCCACCCCAGAGAAUAGACAGGUGCUCUUUGUGGCGGACAAGAAGCUUUUGAUGAACUAUUUAUUGGUUCACAAUCUUUCGUCAGAGUCUGAGAAGGUGACAGGACAAUGUCUUUUAACUCUUAGGAAUCUGGCAUCUGAUGCUCUCAACCAGGAGGAAUUAGCCAUGGGUGGAGCAAUUGAGAAAAUCCACAAGAUUAUCCAAUCAACGAAAAGCCAGGAAAUCCUCAGUCUGGCAUUGUGCUGCCUUCGUAACCUCUCAAACUUUGAAGCCAAUCAGGUCAAAUUUGUAUCAGAAGAAUUUCUCUCUGAUCUUGGUAAUAUUCUGCAUGACUCAACCAAUCCUGAUGCUCAACACAGUUCUGCCAGCAUCAUUAGAAACCUUGUUGAUGGAGAAUAUAUGAAGAUAAUAAAACUAAAAUGCCUGGCUAUACUAAUUGGUAUUUUGAUGGUUCCAAAAUGUAACAUCAAUGUUCUGGUUGAAGUAACAGGUUCAGUGUCAAUAUUAGCAGCAGAAGAGGAUGUCCGCUACCAUUUGGCCCAGACUAAGAAUGGUAAAGUGUUUCAAGCGCUGGUCAUGUUAGCUACCCAGUCAUCAAGCCCUGAACUCCAGUAUAACUGUGCUGGCACUCUCUGCCAAAUUCUUAUAGAAAAUAUCAUCACAGACACCCAGAAAGAGAGAAGUUUACCUUACAUCAUUCAAUAUCUUCAUGAUUUCUUGAGAUCAAAUGAUGCCAACUUCAUUCACCUUGCUCUCUGGACAAUCAAAAAGUUAACCAAAGAUGAAUUAUUUCUGCGUGCAUUCCAAGACAAAAGGAUAGAACAUGCAGUACAAAACGUCCUCUCUGUAAUGGCAGGAAAGGAAUCCGAAACAAUAGGGAAACUAGUUCCAGAAGUCCUAAGAAGGAUCAGAAUGGAAACUUUAACAUAAUCUCUCUAGACAGAUAAACAUCGCCUCACACGAACGACAAAACAAAAGGUGGAAUCAUGGAAUCAGUAAGAACCAAGAUGGUCUUUUAUGAUGGAAUUGUCUACAUUCUUUAGAUUAAAUGUAGGUAGGUCGAAUGAAGUAUCAAACAUCAACAACAAAAACAUACUCACCUUAGAUGUCUUAAUCCCUCAGCAUUCAAAUCCCUUUGUCACAUCUAACGCUUAUUUAUUCACAUUGCUUUGGAUUAAUCUUACAUUAUCUCAUAGUUUUGAGAUAACGAUGAUGUAAUUGUUUAUUUUUAAGAAUGACAUUGUAGGAUAGAUGUAAGAGGCCGGAUCCGGCUGAUGUGACUAGUUUAAUUGCUGAAGGGUUAAAACAGAUCAAUACCGUUGUUCUUAAUUGAUUUUACAAUAAUAUGAUAUCCCAUGAAUUAAGGGAUGGAUCAGAUUAUCAUCAUUAGCAUGUUACAUCAUACAAUGGAAAAAUAAUCACAGAUCAAUGCCAGUUAUAUCAUCAGAUUGAUUCUUUUCCUCAUUAAAUAUUGUACUUUGGUCAUAUAUAUAAUAUGCAUUAAUGCUAACACAUCAUAAGACAUAUCAUUGCUAUAUAUCUUUA